GCUUGGGGGUGGGGCCUGCGGCACGCGGUGGGCGGGUCCUGAAUGGCGACCCUGGUCAGGACCUGACCUGAAUUGCGACCCCAACCCGGACUGCUAUCCUGACCGCAACCCCUACCCCCGCCCACCCGCAUGGCCCGGCACGUGUUCCUAACGGGGCCCCCAGGGGUUGGAAAAACAACAUUGAUCCAUAAAGCCAGUGAGGUUUUAAAAUCCUCUGGUGUGCCUGUCGAUGGAUUUUAUACUGAAGAAGUCAGACAGGGAGGGAGAAGAAUAGGAUUCGAUGUCGUCACGUUGUCCGGCACCCGGGGGCCUUUAUCGAGAGUUGGGUUAGAGCCUCCACCUGGAAAACGUGAAUGCCGAGUUGGGCAGUAUGUGGUUGACCUGACUUCUUUUGAGCGGUUGGCACUCCCCGUCUUGAGGAAUGCUGACUGCAGCAGUGGCCCAGGGCAAAGAGUGUGCGUCAUCGAUGAGAUUGGGAAGAUGGAGCUCUUCAGUCAGCCUUUCAUUCAAGCUGUUCGUCAGACGCUGUCUACCCCAGGAACUAUAAUCCUUGGCACAAUCCCAGUUCCUAAAGGAAAGCCACUGGCUCUCGUAGAAGAAAUCAGAAACAGAAAGGACGUGAAGGUGUUUAAUGUCACCAAGGAAAACAGAAACCGCCUUCUGCCAGAUAUCGUGACGUGUGUGCAGAGCAGCAGGAAGUGAAGACACGUGCGUUCCUGCCCCGCCCCCCCCCGCCCCCCCCCCGGGAAGGAGUGCCCAGUUCAAGAGGAGCCUGAUGGAGCCCUGCCUGUCGAGGCUGUAUGCCUAUGGGGUUAUGGAACCUUGUGGGCUUUUCUAGAGAAAACUCAACAGCUGUUUUCCAUAAAAUGUUUAAAAGAUCAAAUUAGCCUUAAUGCUGGAUUGUCUGUACAAGAUUAACAAUCCAUUGUGGCUUAUUUAUGCUUAAAGAUUUCUUGUUUAUUUCCUCUUGCAGUCAUGCACAUGAUUUGGGUAAAUUGUGAGAUGAAAAAUGGUUUUCAGAGUAUUAGAUGGAACUCGCCCCCGUUGAAGUUUAUAAAUGUGUUCAGGGGAAGGGGGAGGAAAGAGUUCACUGCCUAAUCAGUUUUGCAUGUUAUGAAAAUUAAAUUCCUCUCCAGGUGCAGCUUCAGUCUCAUGCAACUUAAAGUGAUAACAGUUAUUUGAUUUUUAAAAAAAUAUUAUUCCAAAAGAAAACCAUUUUAGGUCAUCUCCCCCAACUCUUACUGUUUGUUUGCCUACUGCUUAAUAAAUAUAAAAAUAAAUCUGAUGGUUACAGACAGGAGGCAUUGUGUGGGAGGAAUACACAACCUUUAGAAGUGUUGAUAGCAUCUGAUAUUCAGCCGACUAGAUGGCAAGAGCUCAGGCCCAUGGGUUUGCAUAAGAGCACUGCUUUGCCUUAGUUUACUCGGGAGCAAUUUUGAAUCUUUCUAUGCCUAGUUUCCUUUCCAGAAAAGCAGAGAGUGGCUGUCAUCUCAAGAGAGUGAUGUCACACCACAGAAGGCAACUGUCAACCACUCCGCACAACUGUGGAGUGCCCAGUGCCGGGGGCUGGGCUUAUCAGGAAUAAUGGUGUAGCAGUGUGGAGUUCAGCCCAUAACAGGGGUACUAUAAAAAUAAAGUAGGAAAGUAGAAAAGACCACUGAAACCCCAGAAUUGAUAGAGGAUAAAAACUUCCCUCCAAGUGGCAGAUGGUACUGGAGUGAUAAACAGUUCAGUGUUUUUAGGUCAUUUAUGGUGAAGAUCUAUGAAUUUCCAGGAUUUUUUUUUAACAAAUUAGCAUUGGCUGCAAACCCACUGGCAUAAGCAGCAGUGUGCCUUCUCUCUAACUGUGGACAAGUCGGGCGUGUGGCGGGUGAGGUGCCCUGGGCUGGGCACUGGGGCACAGUGAAUGGGGCGGGAGGCGCUCACAUCGAAACCAAAAUGGCGCACAGCCCAGGACUGGUUCCUCCAUCAGUGUCUCUUUCCUCAGCGCUUUUCUUCCAAGGUAACUUUGUGAAGCUUGACCUGGACUUGCCUAGCCUUACAGGGACCACAACAGGGAGGCCUAAUAGAUUAUGAACUAAUCCCUCAAAAAGGGCGACUUGCCCAGGAGGAGGAAGUGGACAUCUCCUUCCACGGUCCCUGCCUGGCGGGGCUGUUUGGGGAGACUGAGUUCCGAGCUCAGGACGUCUGGCAGGCUGGCUGUGACUUCGAGCCACCAUCACCAGGACACCGGUGUGGGCUGCAUGCCUCAGUGGGCCAGGAGAGGCAUGGCCUCUGAGAUGGGUAGAGGCUUCCCACAAAGGCCUGGGAACCUGAUCCUGGCCAUAAAUCUGAAAGUACCACAGCCCUCAGGAGAACCAAGAGAUAGGGAGGCAGUGUGGGGAAAUGUCAUCAAUGUGCACCCAGGCCUGGUGGAGCUGGUCAGCCCCAGCUGGAGUGAGACCCCAUCAAGACGGAGCCUUUCCUGGCACCUCCGGGAGGCUGUUCUGCGUUUCCACCCUUCAUGCAUCUGAAGUACCAAGGGCCAUGUUCCUUCUGGUGCUUGUCCUUUUGAGCUUGGUGUUUCAGCCGUGUCUGUUUUGUAGACUUUGACUUUGUCUUAAAUGAGAAAGAAAGGUGGUGAAGGUUAUUUCAAAGUUAAAUAGCUAGUCUGAGGGGCUUAUCACUGAAGCCAAUUGUGCUUAUGUGGGGUAGGCGUGUCACUGCCUACUUGAAAGUAUCCACUUGUGUGGAACAGAUUCAGGGUGGCCCCUCGCACUUGGGGCUGUGGGAGCUUCUGCACACUUUCCCUUUAAUGGUGAAGAGACAAGCUUGGAGUGUUUAAGUGGUUCAUUCAAGAGCACAGUGAUAGUGGUGACAAAGGGGAUUUGAACCCACGUCUACGUGGCUCCAAAGUUCACUCUUUCAUCACUCCCUGCUGCGUCCUUCUUGAGGCUUUAGCAUUUUUAGUGCAUUUUGUGCCCCCAGACCUCAGAGUUGACAUUAGCAGUGAUAAAGUGCUGUGAAUCCAAAGAAUGUUUAGUGUCUCUUGUGGUGAGGUCCUGAAAUGAUUAUUGUAUUAGUCAAACAGAAUGAUCAUGGAGCAUGUAUGCAGAUGUCAGAUGCAAUCCCUGUCUUGUAAGGCAAUGACAUUUAAUGAAGGAUAAGAUGAAUUCACAGGUAACUAGAACUCGUGGCCAAAUGCACACAGCCUGUAGCAACAGUGUCAUGCUGAGAUUUAAAGGAAGAAGAGGUGCCAUGGCAGAACUCCACAUGUGACCGUCCCCUCCCUGCACGCAGCCAGGAUGAGAGGAGCAGAGCUGAGCGCCACCUCCCUGUCGGUGCCAUGGCUGAGGUGAGGAGCUCUUGCCGGAUGGUGGGGUGGGGGCGGCAGGGCAGAUUGAAGUCAGGGAUUCUUUUUUUUUUUAUUAUAAUUUAGGUUUUAGGGUACAUGUGCACAAUGUGCAGGUUUGUUACAUAUGUAUCCAUGUGCCAUGUUGAUUUCCUGUACCCAUUAACUUGUCAUUUAGCAUUAGGUAUAUCUCCUAAUGCUGUCCCUCCCUCCUCCCCCCACCCCACAACAGUCCCCAGAGUGUGAUGUUCCCCUUCCUGUGUCCAUGAGUUCUCAUUGUUCAAUUCCCACCUAUGAGUGAGAACAUGCGGUGUUUGGUUUUUUGUCCUUGCGAUAGUUUACUGAGAAUGAUGUUUUCCAAUUUCAUCCAUGUCCCUACAAAGGACACGAACUCAUCAUUUUUUAUGGCUGCAUAGUAUUCCAUGGUGUAUAUGUGCCACAUUUUCUUAAUCCAGUCUAUCGUUGUUGGACAUUUGGGUUGGUUCCAACUCUUUGCUAUUGUGAAUAGUGCCGCAAUAAACAUACGUGUGCAUGUGUCUUUAUAGCAGCAUGAUUUAUAGUCCUUUGGGUAUAUACUCAGUAAUGGGAUGGCUGGGUCAAAUGGUAUUUCUAGUUCUAGAUCCCUGAGGAAUCGCCACACUGACUUCCACAAUGGUUGAACUAGUUUACACUCCCACCAACAGUGUAAAAGUGUUCCUAUUUUUCCACAUCCUCUCCAGCACCUGUUGUUUCCUGCUUUUUUAAUGAUGGCCAUUCUAACUGGUGUGAGAUAGUAUCUCACUGUGGUUUUGAUUUGCAUUUCUCUGAUGGCCAGUGAUGAUGAGCAUUUCUUCAUGUGUUUUUUGGCUGCAUAAAUGUCUUCUUUUGAGAAGUGUCUGUUCAUGUCCUUUGCCCACUUUUUGAUGGGGUUGUUUGUUUUUUUCUUAUAAAUUUGUUUGAGUUCAUUGUAGAUUCUGGAUAUUAGCCCUUUGUCAGAUGAGUAGGUUGCAAAAAUUUUCUCCCAUUCUGUAGGUUGCCUGUUCACUCUGAUGGUAGUUUCUUUUGCUGUGCAGAAGCUCUUUAGUUUAAUUAGAUCCCAUUUGUCAAUUUUGGCUUUUGUUGCCAUUGCAUUUGGUGUUUUAGACAUGAAGUCCUUGCCCACGCCUAUGUCCUGAAUGGUAUUGCCUAGGUUUUCUCGUAGGAUUUUAAUGGUUUUAGGUCUAACAUUUAAGUCUUUAAUCCAUCUUGAAUUAAUUUUUGUAUAAGGUGUAAGGAAGGGAUCCAGUUUCAGCUUUCUACAUAUGGCUAGCCAGUUUUCCCAGCACCAUUUAUUAAAUAGGGAAUCCUUUCCCCAUUUCUUGUUUUUGUCAGGUUUGUCAAAGAUCAGAUAGUUGUAGAUAUGCGGCAUCAUUUCUGAGGGCUCUGUUCUGUUCCAUUGAUCUAUGUCUCUGUUGUGGUACCAGUACCAUGCUGUUUUGGUUACUGUAGCCUUGUAGUAUAGUUUGAAGUCAGGUAGCGUGAUGCCUCCAGCUUUGUUCUUUCGGCUUAGGAUUGACUUGGCGAUGCGGGCUCUUUUUUGGUUCCAUAUGAACUUGAAAGUAGUUUUUUCCAAUUCUGUGAAGAAAGUCAUUGGUAGCUUGAUGGGGAUGGCAUUGAAUCUAUAAAUUACCUUGGGCAGUAUGGCCAUUUUCACGAUAUUGAUUCUUCCAACCCAUGAGCAUGGAAUGUUCUUCCAUUUGUAUCCUCUUUGAUUUCAUUGAGCAGUGGUUUGUAGUUCUCCUUGAAGAGGUCCUUCACAUCCCUUGUAAGUUGGAUUCCUAGGUAUUUUAUUCUGUUUGAAGCAAUUGUGAAUGGGAGUUCACUCAUGAUUUGGCUCUCUGUUUGUCUGUGAUUGGUGUACAAGAAUGCUUGUGAUUUUUGUACAUUGAUUUUGUAUCCUGAGACUUUGCUGAAGUUGCUAAUCAGCUUAAGGAGAUUUUGGGCUGAGACAAUGGGGUUUUCUAGAUAUACAAUCAUGUCAUCUGCAAACAGGGACAGUUUGACUUCCUCUUUUCCUAGUUGAAUACCCUUUAUUUCCUUCUCCUGCCUGAUUGCUCUGGCCAGAACUUCCAGCACUAUGUUGAAUAGGGGCGGUGAGAGAGGGCAUCCCUGUCUUCUGCCAGUUUUCAGAGGGAAUGCUUCCAGUUUUUGCCCAUUCAGUAUGAUAUUGGCUGUGGGUUUGUCAUAGAUAGCUCUUAUGACUUAAACUCCCACACAAUAAUAAUGGGAGAUUUUAACACCCCACUGUCAACAUUAGACAGAUCAACGAGACAGAAAGUUAACAAGGAUAUCCAGGAAUUGAACUCAGCUCUACACAAAGUGGACCUAAUAGACAUCUACAGAACUCUCCACCCCAAAUCAACAGAAUAUACAUUUUUGUCAGCACCACACCACACCUAUUCCAAAAUUGACCACAUAGUUGGAAGUAAAGCUCUCCUCAGCAAAUGUAAAAGAACAGAAAUUAUAACAAACUGUCUCUCAGACCACAGUGCAAUCAAACUAGAACUCAGGAUUAAGAAACUCACUCAAAACCGCUCAACUCUACAUGGAAACUGAACAACCUGCUCCUGAAUGACUAUUGGGUACAUAAUGAAAUGAAGGCAGAAAUAAAGAUGUUCUUUGAAACCAAUGAGAACAAAGACACAACAUACCAGAAUCUCUGGGACACAUUCAAAGCAGUGUGUAGAGGGAAAUUUAUAGCACUAAAUGCCCACAAGAGAAAGCAGGAAAGAUCCAAAAUCGACACCCUAACAUCACAAUUAAAAGAACUAGAAAAGCAAGAGCAAACACAUUCAAAAGCUAGCAGAAGGCAAGAAAUAACUAAAAUCAGAGCAGAACUGAAGGAAAUAGAGACACAAAAAACCCUUCAAAAAAUUAAUGAAUCCAGGAGCUGGUUUUUUGAAAAGAUCAACAAAAUUGAUAGACCGCUAGCAAGACUAAUAAAGAAGAAAAGAGAGAAGAAUCAAAUAGAUGCAAUAAAAAAUGAAAAAGGGGAUAUCACCACCAAUCCCACAGAAAUACAGUCUACCAGCAGAGAAUACUACAAACACCUCUAUGCAAAUAAACUAGAAAAUCUAGAAGAAAUGGAUAAAUUCCUCGACAAAUACACCCUCCCAAGAUUAAAUCAGGAAGAAGUUGAAUCUCUGAAUAGACCAAUAACAGGUUCUGAAAUUGUGGCAAUAAUCAAUAGCUUACCAACCAAAAAGAGUCCAGGACCUGAUGGAUUCACAGCUGAAUUCUACCAGAGGUACAAGGAGGAACUGCUACCAUUCCUUCUAAAACUAUUCCAAUCGAUAGAAAAAGAGAGAAUCCUCCCUAACACAUUUUAUGAAGCCAGCAUCGUCCUGAUACCAAAGCCUGGCAGAGACGUAACCAAAAAAGAGAAUUUCAGACCAAUAUGCUUGAUGAACAUUGAUGCAAAAAUCCUCAAUAAAAUACUGGCAAACUGAAUCCAGCAGCACAUCAAAAAGCUUAUCCACCACGAUCAAGUGGGCUUCAUCCCUGGGAUGCAAGGCUGGUUCAACAUACGCAAAUCAAUAAAUGUAAUCCAGCAUAUAAACAGAACCAAAGACAAAAACCACAUGAUUAUCUCAAUAGAUGCAGAAAAGGCCUUUGACAAAAUUCAACAACCCUUCAUGCUAAAAACUCUCAAUAAAUUAGGUAUUGAUGGGACGUAUCUCAAAAUAAUAAGAGCUAUCUAUGAAGUCAGGGAUUCUCUUACACCUGAGUUUGGAAUGCCUCCUAUUCAAACAAAGCAAAAUAUCUAACAGAUGGCUGGAUAUGAGUCUCAAGGAGGAGUUCACUUUGGAAAGCACAGAAUUAAUGCGUAUUGCUUGUAUGAAGAAUCUCAGCUAGAAUAACAAGGUCGGAUGGGAGGACUCAGGACUGAUUUGAAGAAUGAUUUACUAAAUCGUUCUUUCCUUUUCCUCCUUAGCAGAUCAUACCGCCAGCUGCUUAACACAUAAUAGUUUAAAAAAUUGUUUCUUCUUACCUCUGAGUGAGGGUAAGCACAUGCAGGGAGAUGGGUGAGUCUUUUAAAUGGAUAGAGUGUCAUCUCUGAUGAUCAACCUCGACAGGGAGAGAUCCUAGUAAAGCUGCAAGUUCAGGCACUCAGUUCCCAGCUCUCCAAUUAUCAAGUGAGUGGGAACACUGGUGGGCUGGAAAAUGUGGAACAGACCUGCUCGUCUUCUUUUCCUGCCAAUUUCCGUAUUCAUAGAAGGUUGUGUCUGUGUAUUGCACCUGUGUGUGUGCUGAUGGCAGAUGCUUGUGUAGCAUAGUGACUUGGGACAAAACAGCAUGGUGGAUGAGGCUGGAGGCGGGUGGGCUAAGUAAACAGGCAUUGCAUUGCACAUUUUGUGGGCAAAGAAGUUGAAGAAUCGCAUGAUUUUAACAAACUACUUGCCAGAUGAUUUCAACACACUGCAAAAUUUAGAAUCAAUAAUGCCAAAUUAGUCACAUGAUUUAUAUAAAACCAAGUGCUAUGGUUUUUAUAUUAUCUUUAGAGGAGAAACCAUUUUGAUCUGUGUCCAAAUAACUCUUUUUUUUUUUUGAGACGGAGUCUCACUCUGUCGCUUGAGCUGGAGUGCAGUGGUGCGAUCUCGGCUCACUGUAACCUCUGCUUCCUGGGUUCCAGCGAUUCUCCCGCCUCAACCUCCUGAGUAGCUGGGAUUACAGGCACCCGCCACUACGCCCAGCUAAUUUUUUGUAUUUUUAGUAGAGACGGGGUUUCACCAUGUUGGCCAAGCUGGUCUUGAACUCCUGACCUCGUGAUUUGCCUGCCUCGGCUUCCAAAAGUGCUAAGAUUACAGGUGUGAGCCACUGCACCCAGCGCCCAAAUAACUCUUGAACUGGAAAAUAACUCUUUAGCUAUAUACUGGCAGAACACUUGAACAACUCUAGCAAGAAAUGUCAGUUUAGGAAUGCCUCCUCUAAAUGGGGGCUUAGAAUAUAACAUUUUGCAGAAGUCCUUUCUGAUACAUAGCUGACUAGAUGAAGGACCAGAUUAACAAGUUCAUGAGUUGUAAAUAUAAAAGUUGUGUAUCACAAUAAAAAAGAAAAAGAAGUAUGGUUGUACUGUUGAUGGCUGGUCAAACAGCCCCCAAGAAUCCUGGGGUGACUCCAAUACUGCCACCUUUCCUCUGUGGGUGCAGUCGCCUGCGGAUGUGAGUGUGUGUGCAUCUGUGCCUCAGUAUGUGCACUCAAGAUGCCCGCUCUCAUAGACAGUGCAGAGCGUCACUGCAUUCCUAUCUGAUUAAUGUGGCUUUAGUGUUGUAGAUACACUGUGUCACUUUCAUCCUCCCUCCUCCCGACAAAAGAUGCCACGAGAACCCGCGAACUGUGAUAAGCAGUGAACAGAAUAACCGUUGAAGAAGCACCUCAUGAACCUCCCCAGAGAAACGGGAUGGAGGAGCACCUAGGGUGCUCUUGCCCUCUGGCCUGCACUGCCAUUUCCUUCCAGCCUGGGUUUCUAGCUCUUUGGGGAGAUUCUCCGUUUUGUGGAAUGCUUUCUGUGUUUUCUACUUCUGGAUGCCUAAGGAGUAGCCAGUCAUACUCCUGGCUGACCACUGCCAGGCACCGUGGUUUUCCUCACUGACCUCAAGGAGUCACCCCCCCGUGGGGAGGCUGCACUCACAGCUCCAGGCCUGCCGUUUAGCCCUUGGGGCUUGGCUGUAAAGUUGCCCAAGAGGAUUACAGGAGCUGCCAGCCAAGUUUAAUUUGGCCACCUUAGAGAGCUGCAGCAAGGCCCUAUCAGCUUCCCAUUAGACAAACAACCGCAUUUAAAUUAAAUAAAGUUUGCACCUCUAGGGAGAGCUGACCUGAAAAUAAGAGCCUUCUGUCUAUGAUUAUAGAGUACACUUGCUUUUAUUAAUUGCUGAUUCUUAGUUUACAAAAAAAAAAUUAGAAAAGCAUUACCAUUUACUUUCCAAGGGGCAAGAGAUUCUCUACAAUACCCUUCCCCCAACCCUCUCCUCAAAUUUCCAAAUCCUAAAUACUUCUUUGAAGAAAUUUGUGUGACUGUUUAAAAUUGAGUAUUUCCUUGUAACUACUGUCUUUUGAAAAGGGAUGGUUCACCAGGCCAGUGAUACUCUAUGGACUGCAUUUUGGGACCUCUACUCCAGCAAGGAUACAGGUUCCUGGGGGUCUUGAAGAUGGGAAAAGUUGUCUCAGAAUGUACCCAAAUGUCGUUCUUACCAUAAAAGAUAUACUUGUAGAAAUGAGACGCUGCAAUAUAACUCAAAACACUGGACGCAGUUUAUAGUUUGUAACUAUAAACAUUUUAAUUUCAAAAACAAAGGUGUGUGCGAUGUUGUGUGCACAGUAAGGGUUGCGGGGCUUGGAGAACAAGCACGCGUCCCUGUGAAGCCCGCAGGGUGCUGGCAGCCCACAAAUCGCUUGGACUACAGUGAGGAGCAUUGCGUGACUCCGAGGUGGAUUUCCAUGCACCGAAUGGACUCAGUUUCUAAACUCACAUCGUAACGUAUCCUGGCUUUUCACAGAAUACUGGAGACAUGACUGCAUGCAUGAUCACGGUUCUUGUUGUGAAGCUGCCACCAUGUUAUGCUUAACAGCUGCAUAAAUAUUGUAAAGAAAUAGGGUUUUCUGGACACUUAGAUUUAACCUUAAUGCAUCUGAUCAGACGUGCUGCUGUUCAUUUCUUUUUCAUGGUAACAGUAAUGUAUAAAGUGCCAAUGAUGUAACAUGCAGUUGUCUUAUUUUCAUCAGGGCAUUUGUUUCAUGGCUCUGUUGUUUUAAGAUAGUAAAUGGCUUUUGUUUGAGAUUUCAGAUUCUGGAACAUGUGUGGUGCUGUCCGUGGUGUGCGGCUCUGGGCAGCACUGUGCCUGGCGGGGGAGGUGUGGUGUGGCUUCUUUGUUGCUUUUUUUUGUUUCCCCAUCAUGUGAGGUUUUUUUUGUUGUUGUUUGAUAUAUAUAUAUAUAUUUUUUUUUUCAAAAACCUGAGGUAAGUUCUGUGUUCUGAAACAGCUCUCCUUUUCCACAGGAGGAGUCCUCAUGGAUCGCAGUAUUGGUUGGUUGUGAUUUGGGGAGCACGAGGGAGAGCAAUGCAGGUGGGAGCUGUUGGGGAGCCGGCCUCCCCGCCCAGCCGCACGCCCGUCACUGCUCGUCUGACACACUUUGCUGCGAGGCCGUGUCGUCUAGGCCCAUGUCCUCCUGGCUUGCUCUCCUGCAGACAACCCCGAGAGUCUCCGCCACAGCUUCAGCCAGACGUCGGUCACGAAGCUGCCCCUGCUCAGUGGCAUCAGUGGGCUCACAUGGCUCGGAGAGGUGCUUCCAAAGAGGAGAGAAACAGUGAACAGCUCAGCAAAUGUUCACUACCCACUUCUAACUGGCAUCACCCCCACCUGUGCUGUGGGAGUUAAAGGCUAGCGCUGCCAUAUCCUUGAGGUCAGGUUCUAAAGUCACGUCAAAUGAUAGAGGGCCAGCACAGUGGCCUCUGAGGACAGGACGGGCAACUGAAGCCGCAUCUGAGACACAGGGGCUCUGCACGUGGGCCUUUCUGGAUGACUGUGCUGGAAAGAGCGGCCCUAGGGGGAAGGGGCAUUUGGGCGCCUGGCUUUCCAGCUGUAGUCAGCGUCACUUCAUGCACACUUAGCCCCUGUCAUGAAUGCUAAGUUCUAGCAGGCUUGACCCCAGUAGAACACAGAGGCCAUUGUAUUCUGGGGGCAUGUGGUCCCAACGACAAUUGUCCAUUUUGGAGAGCAGGAAGGAGAAUUUGACAGAAUCCCAGAACUACACCCAUAGACUGUGACUUUAACACAGAUUGGGGCAUGGAGAAGGGUGAUACUUUGUACAUUUUUAUUGAGGAAAUAAAGGGAGGGGAAAUGUA